AGAGAGCUGAGAAAUAAAGACGAGAGGGCACUUUGUAAUUUUGUAAAAAUCCUUUUUUAGGGUUUUUGCAUAAAAUAAAAAUAAAUGCAUUAGCCAGACCACCAGAUCAUCACACCCACUCUCAUGGCGGGUCCACAACAAAAUGAGGCUUGCAUGACGAGUACUACUCCUUCGAUACUGAACUAUAAAUAAAAAAUUUAUAAAGGAAAAAACAACAACAAAGAAAAAUACAAGUAAAAGCACCUCCAUAUCCCCACCACCAUUACCAGCUUCGAAGUUUGAGCUCCAAACACCAAAAAAAAAAACCAAACUCAGAGAGAGAAAGAGAAAGACAAAGAACGAAAGAGAAAGAUUGAAAAUAAUAACAACAGCAGCAACAUCAUCAUGAGUAAUUGGUUAGGUUUUUCUUUGACUCCUCACCUGCGAAUCCAUGAAGAGUUUCAAAAUGGGAGAGAAGAAGACCAAAACGUCCAUGGAGAUGGCUUUACUCAUCCUCAUCAUCAUUCUAUGUCUGUCAUGCCCUUGCGCUCUGAUGGAUCUCUUUGUGUUCCCGCUCAAGAUUGGCGAUACGAAAAUCCGAACGAGGAAGAUCAGGGUCCGAAGCUUGAAGAUUUCUUGGGGUGUUGUUACUCGAGCUCUCACCAAGACGAAUCCAAAGUCUACUGCCAAAACCAAGAUCAUCAUGACCAAAACCCAGAAUCCAUGUCCGAAAUCAAAGUUGAUCUGGGUUCGAGUUUCAACCCUAAUAGUAGUAAUGGGGUCGAGAUGGAACUAGCUAUAGAAAAUCCCACAAACCCUUCAAACUUAAUCCAGUCUUAUGCUCAUUAUAGUGAUAAUGUCAUGUACAAAUCUUGGCUGAGCCAAACGCUGCCUUAUACUAACGCGUCUGAAAAAACAACGUCGGAGGCCGACGGCGGUGGUAACUUUCAGACUCUUUCUCUUACGAUGAGUCCAAGCUCGCAGAACGGUGUUGGGGAAGUUUCGUCAUUGCAAGUGGCUACCGUGGCAGCGGUAGAUGGUGGCCGGAAAAGGUCAGGCGGAAAGUCUAAAGAACCUGUUCCUCGAAAAUCCAUUGAUACUUUCGGGCAGAGAACUUCUCAGUACCGCGGAGUUACGAGGCAUAGAUGGACUGGGAGAUACGAGGCUCAUUUGUGGGAUAAUAGCUGUAGAAAAGAAGGGCAAACAAGGAAAGGAAGACAAGUUUACCUUGGUGGUUAUGAUAAGGAGGAAAAGGCAGCAAAGGCCUAUGACUUGGCUGCUCUCAAGUACUGGGGACCAACAACUCAUAUAAAUUUCCCUUUAAGCACUUACGAAAAGGAGCUGGAGGAGAUGACUAAUAUGACAAGACAAGAAUUCGUAGCCAACUUGAGAAGGAAAAGUAGUGGCUUUUCAAGAGGAGCUUCUAUGUACAGAGGAGUGACAAGACACCAUCAACAUGGAAGGUGGCAAGCUAGGAUCGGACGAGUUGCUGGAAACAAGGAUUUAUACCUUGGAACGUUUAGCACACAAGAGGAAGCAGCCGAGGCCUACGACAUUGCAGCCAUAAAGUUCAGGGGCACAAGCGCAGUAACCAACUUUGACAUAAGCCGAUACGACGUUAAGAGAAUUUGCUCAAGCUCCAAGCUCAUCGCGAGUGACCUGGCCAAACGCAACUCUCCAAAAGAUCUUUCCGUUGCAGUGGCGACUCUCAACAACGACUUCAACUCUCGUGUAUCUUCAACGUCUUCACCGCAGCCACUUUUGGCCAUAGAAAGCAGCUGCGAGGCCUCGGACGAACUUGUUGACAUGGUGUGGAGUAAUAGUACUCCUCCCAAUAUGGAUGAUCGUCAUCACCAGCCGCGGGAGAUUAAUUCAGAGACCAAUAACAACACGUUUGUGGGUUUGAAUGGUCGGAACUCAUCGAAUCCGCAGAGCCCAAAAUGCUCUUUCGGACCAAAUAGUAGUGAGUUUGGCGAAGGAGGUGCCAGCGAAUUUGCUCAUGCUUAUUUUAUGCAUGGUAGUAGUACUAGUGGUAAUAAGUACGAUCAGAAUGCCAAUGGUGGAAAUAUUGGUCUGGUUCAACAGCAUGCUCCCAUAUUUGCGCUUUGGAAUGAGUAGCGCGGAAGUCUAGUGAAUGAAUUUCCAAACAAGAUUUUGUGUAGAAAAUGGCUCUUUAAGUAAGUAGGUUGGUAGAAGUAUCCUGGCUAUAAACUUAGUUUGGUUUUGGUGCAAGAAGUUGGAAAGCUACACUUAUCAAUGUGGGAUUUAAAAUUGUUUUAUGUUGCUUUAAAUUUUACUUAUGAACUCUUUUGGACGCUUUCUCUGAGAAAGUGAAGAAGAAAAGAUUAGAAGGUUGACCAUGAAGUUGUUUUA